GCGGGCCGGGCCCGCUCCCGCCUCCCGCCAAUGACGGCCGGGGCCGUCACCGCGCUGCGUCACGGGGCGGCCGCCAAGAUGGCGAAGGUGUCGGAGAUGUACGACGUGACUUGGGAAGAUAUGCGUGAUAAAAUGAGGAAAUGGAGAGAAGAAAACUACCGAAACAGUGAACAGAUAGUGGAUGUUGGAGAAGAGUUAAUUAAUGAAUAUGCAUCCAAACUUGGAGAUGACAUUUGGAUAAUUUAUGAACAGGUGAUGAUUGCUGCCCUGGACUGCAGUCGAGAUGAUUUGGCAUUGUUUUGCCUUCAGGAGCUGAGGCGGCAGUUUCCUGGGAGCCACAGAGUUAAACGAUUAACUGGAAUGCGAUUUGAAGCUAUGGAAAGGUAUGAUGAUGCUAUCCAGUUAUAUGACAGAAUUUUACAAGAAGAUUCAACUAAUACAGCAGCAAGAAAGCGUAAGAUUGCCAUUCGAAAAGCCCAGGGGAAAAAUCUCGAGGCCAUCCGAGAGCUGAAUGAGUAUCUGGAACAAUUUGUUGGUGACCAAGAAGCUUGGCAUGAACUUGCAGAACUUUACAUCAAUGAACAUGACUAUGCAAAGGCAGCCUUCUGCUUAGAGGAGCUUAUGAUGACUAAUCCACACAACCACUUAUAUUGUCAACAAUAUGCUGAAGUUAAAUACACUCAGGGGGGACUAGAAAACCUUGAGCUGUCAAGAAAGUAUUUUGCACAAGCACUGAAACUUAACAACAGAAAUAUGAGAGCUCUGUUUGGACUUUACAUGUCUGCCAGUCAUAUUGCUUCCAAUCCAAAGGCAAGUGCAAAAAUGAAAAAAGAUAAUAUGAAAUAUGCCAGCUGGGCAGCAAACCAAAUAAACAGAGCAUACCAGUUUGCAGGUCGCAGUAAGAAAGAAACUAAAUACUCUUUGAAGGCAGUGGAAGACAUGUUGGAGACCCUUCAAAUCACUCAGUCUUAGCUUGGCACAGAGAUCUAAUAUGAAAUUUUCCAAUACCACACUCAACCUGUAAUGACCUGUGGGUUAUGUUACUCUAGUGCUGUUAAAAGUUAAUUUUGUAUUGAUUACGUGCUAUAUAAAAUAACAUUUUAUGAAAAGUAAAAUGCCUAUUUAUUGCUGCUAUAAGAAAUGUGAUGAAUACCCACUGAAAUUAAUAACUUAUCCACAUAAACAACAUAAAGAAAUGAAGUGCUGCACAUCAGUCUCCUCAGAUUUUUGUAUGUACAGUACCUGCUUCUAAGCCAUAAUUUGUAGAAAUAAACUUGUUAAAUGAUUAAAAAAAUACAGUGACUUAUUGAACUUGCAAAUGGAAAUCAGUAAUUUAUAUAUGUAGAUUAAUAACAUGCUAAAUAUUUUUCUUAUUUGCAUAUUUAAGAAUAAAAACAUGCUACAGAGGUA